UCUUCGAUUAUGAUUUUGCCCAGAAGGUCUCGAGUUUCCAAGAGUCAAAGGACCAUCCGUCAAGAAGUCUCGCUUUCAAACGCGUUUUUCGUUGUAGCUCUCGCUUGCUCCAUGCCACUCAAAGGCGCCAGAAGGCCCAGGUUAAGAACAGAUUGUUUCGUUCCUUUUUCCCGUUUUCGAGCUUUCUGACAACAGAUUUCCACAGCAAAAGGUGCUGCAGUGUACUCCAUGCGGAUUCAUUGGCAUUUUUCCCCGCGUGACGCACGUCAGACAUUCUCGGUCAAUGGCUUCCCCCGCCUUACUCGAUCGCGCCUUUAUUGGUGAAACCUUUGAAAGCCGAAUUUUGUGCCUUAGUGAAAAGUGCCUUGGCGGAAAAGUUCAUCAGUCACGGAGUUGGAUUUCUCGUUUCAGCUUUGCCCCUUGCGUGACUGGAGGCCACGCAGCAGGCCUGUGCAGGGAUCGCAGAAUGCCCCGACCGCGUUGGUAUUCUUGCUUCUGACAUUUCGAGAUCUAGUGCGUUGCGUUCGUCUCCAAAAGCAGCAACCGCUUUUCCAUUGCGAAUGGUCUUUACAUCCGUCUCUUUCGUUCGCGUAUCUAAAUUCGGUGUGAAACUGUAGGCAGUCAGUGCACAGACAGGGGCAGCAUGAAUUUCUGAGUGUUGUCGGCGCAGCGGCUCUUGCUUCGGGUGUCGUCCGUUGCGUUUUUCCUAGAAGGUCCAUCCAACGCUCGCUUGGCGCCAAAUGGAGGGCAGAAAAGAGGCUGUUUCUCGCGAGUGGCAGACUUCGAGAGACGUGAUUCACUUGGAUCCGGAGAGUUUCUCUUCUGCGUCUGUCAUUUCGCAUCCCCUCCCGGAGUCGCAAGAACAGGAGGCUGCGCCAAACUCGAGAGGCAGCUCUCAAGAGAUCCGGCAUUUCCCUGUUCUUUCUCACCAGCCAGGUGAUGGAAAAGGCGUCGCGAAACCUCCUGCUACUUCGCGUUUCCGACACGGCGCGAAGCUGGGGAAACUCGGGGAUGAAGAGCGCGAGCGACCCGCAGCCGCGGCAAGGCACAAGGAAGGCAAAAGCGCAACUUUCAAUUUGCAAGGGAACACCCUCCACGAAAUUCCUUCACGCUCUGACCAGAGAAGAGAGGCCGAAGGGGACGGAAAAAGAGACAAAGAGAGAGCACUCGAGGAGCAACGGCGUUUAAUCGAACAACAGGUCCGGUUUCAGAAGGCUUGCGACAGCGCCCGGUAUCUGGUUCAGUGCCGCCUCAUUCUCCACAACAUCGGCCCACCGGGAACUGUCUCCGAUGAAGGGACGAGAAGUGGAGAACGCGGCAGAAACGAGGCGACCGCUGUGCAGGGUAGAACCCCCGAGAUCUGCAGGAAGACCGCGUUCCUCGAAAUCGAACGGCAGCCAGAAGCAGGCGAGGUGGAGGUGCUAGGACAUGAGGGAGAAGAGGAGACGACUUUCCUUCUGCGCAGCGUCGUUGGCUUUCUGAAGCCCGAAGAACUCAGCGACGUGGCGCUGGAGCGCGAGUCUCUCGGGAAAUGCGGAUUUUUCCUUUGCAGUCAACAGAUGCCCACAGGCGCCCAGAAGCGCGGGCGGCUGUCUUUGGUGCGACGAUGGAAACUGGACCACAAGUUGAUUCGCGUCGCAGACGAGGACGACCUCCUUCUUUUCUGCAGCAAAGAGUGCUACUACCGCCAGAAGGAGCUCCAAGGGCUUCAGAGAGAAGAGCAGCUGUACACGCGCCUUUUUGUCCAACAGUGGGUCUCGCGCGUCUCUAGCCGAUGCAAGAGAGACGGCUGGCGAGAUGUGGCGGACCCUGCUGUGGGUUCCCUUGCCCUCGGUUCCACGUCUUUGCCGUCUCUCCUCCACUCCACACAGUGUGGGCAACAGAGGGACUCGAAAGGCCUUCAGAGCGACCACGCUUCGUCGGAAAGCCGUCUUUUCGCGAGCGGAGAAAAUCCCGGUGCUGCGCAGAGUCCCAGGGAGCGAACGGAGUGCGUCGAAAACCAGGAAGACUCUGCGACAUUCGUGCGGGUUUCGCCAGAGCACCUUCCUGGAGGAGACAGAACGUCUUCGAUGAUCUGUGAGCGUUCUUCGUGUACAGAGCUGGCAGAGAAGAAGGGAGAUUUCGGAACGGUCCGUGGACUGGAAGGAGACAAGCGAAAGGAUCUGGUUGGGGACCAGAAGGAAGGGAUGCAGGAGGGCGACCAGCAUCAGCAAGUCCGCGGUCUUCGAGAAACGAAGAGGCAGGAGCGAGAGACCGAGAAAGGACAAUCUCGGCCCCCACAGAAACCGGCGCAUGUCAUAAAGGUUACUGUUGAAGAUGAGGACGAAAACAGCUCGAGGGAAGAGUCAGACGAAGACUUUGAGGAGGCGGAUGCGAGGAAGAGAGACGACAGUUCGAACUUCUCCUCCCGUGGGGCUCUGUCAUCUCUAGGGGACCCUGGGGUACCCACAAGCGCAUCUGACGUCGCUACAGACCUGGGGAUUUCUUCGUCAGGUCAAAGUGCCGAGAAGCCUCAUUCGACGGAACGUCUCCUCGACGACAAAGAGGGCAGGCUAACGCAGACAGGUCUCUUGAAUUUGCAGUGGUGCCAGCACCGAGCUGCCGGUCCAGUGGAUCCGGUGCUUUGCUUUGAUUAUGCAGAUGUCGGGAGCGCAACGGAUGUCCCUGCGAACAGCGCAGCUGGGGAAACACUCCCGCCCUCGGAAACAAAUCCUCAGGGCCUUCCCACGAAAGGCCACAGCGAGAAAUUCAAAUCUUGGGAGGAAGAGCAGCCUGACCCAGAGGGCAUUUUCGGCAGGAGCGGAAGCAAGAGCCAUGUUGCAGCACACACCAAGGCUCCAAGGUGUUCGCCUAGCACCUCGUGUGAACUGCCUAAGGAGACGAUGGAAUUGAAUGCGGAAAGGCGCGCUUUUGUUGCAGGCGGCGCUUCCGAGGCAGAGAGGCGGGAGAGCGAUAUCGACUCCAACGAAGAGGGACAAGAGUGGGAAGAAGGUUUCGCACCCGAUGACUGGGGUCUUGCCAAAGACCUCAAUGAGUUCCUGGAUCUCACAGAUGAAGAAGACGGGGACACUUGCUCGUUCGACUGCUCGUCUCCUGACCACAGAACCGCCCGCGGUUCAGUUUGCUGCUCUCAGCAGGAAGACCAUAGUCCGGGAGAGUGCGGGACAGCGAAGCUCGCGUUGCCGUCCGAGAGAAACAAAACGGCAGAGCAGCCAGAACGGAGAGGCUCUCGAAAAGCUCCCUCGCGGGGCAAGCAGAGCAUUCAAGCUCAGGUCCAGGAGGCGUACGGACGGCUCUCGGAUCUCUCGGUGGUCUGGGAUCUGCUCGGCAACUGGAGUAGGAACGAAACCCGGGAGUUUUUGAUUCAGUGUCACGGACUGAAAGGUUUCUCUCGGAAACUCGGAGGCGAACGGGCGCUUUCUUCCUUCGACCCGUCCGGCGGGGCAGCAGCGGGACCGGAGGCUCCUGACAACACGAGCGACGUUGCAGCGGCCACAGCCGAAGACAUUCAACGUGUCGAGCAGCUGGUCCAAGUGUUAAUUCGAGUUCUACCCACAAAUCUUGUUGCCCAAUAUAGGCGACAAAUUGUGGAUCUCUGCAGCACUUUCCGCAUUCAGAGAGCAGCUCCACCUCUGCAGCCUUCCUGCUGCCGAACCUUUCUGGCAGUUGUACUGACGGCACUGCAGUGUCGUUGUUGGACUGCGUCCUCUCCGGACUUAGACGGUCUGUCCGAUAACGGCACAGACAGGUUCCAUGAGGAAAAGCCAGAUUCGCACGCGAAAAGCAUGCGACCCAACAUAAAUCUUGCGUUUUUCAGAGCAUGUGCGGCGGCACGAGAUGAGGUCGGGGCCAUCCACGAAGAGAGACCUCUCCACAGUAGCACUGGUACGCAGCCUGUUUUCAAGGAAGGUGCAGGAAGUGACGUGGACCGAACUGAUGCACCACGGAGUGGAACCACCACAUUGAACGCUUUAGGCGAUGAGAAGAAACACCAACCUCCCGACGAUGCGGUCAGUCAAAGACGCAGACCUCGAAGGUCAGCGCCCGGAAGCUUAAGCCACCAUGGAGAUGCUCAAGACGCAGGGACGCAUGAAGCAAUACAAAACCCCGACCGCCGACGAAGACAGUCCGUGACUCGUCAAGCUGGUCGUGCGUUUCUGGGUCUAAAUUUAGGGUCCCCCGGCGCGCAGGCCCUUCAUGCAAUUGUUCUUUUGGCGCAGCUCACGGCGUUCUACAAGGCGACAAAAAUUGUGGCGACAGUCGGAGACAGCAGAAAAAAGACCUUUCAAGACGAGGCAUCUCAAACUACGGAAUUUACCUCUGAGUUGGUGGGUGAGAUCGGCGCUUCUGCCGGCGAUCCAACUUCCUCCAGUUGGUCCAAAACCGCAGCCCAGAGGGUAGCUGUGGCUGGUGCUCUGACGGCUGCAGCGGCAUUGGCGGUUGCCCUCACUCUUUACUUGUCUUCCCCAUCUUCUAAAACUUUUGUGGUCGACAAUCUCGAGAGAGCACCAGUAAAUGAGAAAGGUUCCGAUAUGCACGCCGGCAGUCUCCAGGGUUCACCAAUGGGUGAGACCAGCACCGCUUUGGACAACGCGAGUUUCGAGGGUGCACCAAUAAGUGAGUUUACCUCCCGUGUUGACGCCGCACAUGCCACCAACGCCGAGCAACCGCCGGCAGGUGAAACGAGCUCCGGUGUAGAAGAGGCCAAUAUCGAGAGUGCACCAGCAGGUGAGAUGAUCUGGAAUGUUGGCGCCACAGACGCCACAAAGGUGGAGCAACGGCUGGAAGGUGAGCCGCGCUCCGGUGUAGGAAACGCCAGUCCCAAGGGUUCACUAGCAAGUGACUUUAUCUCCGCUGUUGACGCCACCAAGGUCGAGCAAUGGCCGGCCUGUGAGACGAGCUCCAGCGUAGAAGAAUCUACUCUCGAGGGUACAUCAGUCAGUGAGUUAAUCUCCGCUGUUGACGCCGCCAAGGCGGAGGGAACGCCAGCAGUUGAACCGAGCUCCGGUGUUGAAGCAUCGAGUCUCGAGGGUUCACCAAUGGGUGAGGCGAUCUCCGGUGUUGAAACCACCAAGGUGGAGCAAAGGCCGGCAGAUGAGACGAGUUCCGGUGUAGAAGAGGCGAGUGUGGAGGGUACAGCGUUUGGCGAGGCGAUCUCCGGUGUUGAAACCACCAAGGCGGAGGGAACGCCAGCAGUUGAACCGAGCUCCGGUGUUGAAGCAUCGAGUCUCGAGGGUUCACCAAUGGGUGAGGCGAUCUCCGGUGUUGAAACCACCAAGGUGGAGCAAAGGCCGGCAGAUGAGACGAGUUCCGGUGUAGAAGAGGCGAGUGUGGAGGGUACAGCGUUUGGCGAGGCGAUCUCCGGUGUUGAAACCACCAAGGUGGAGCAAAGGCCGGCAGAUGAGACGAGCUCCGGUGUAGAAGAGGCGAGUGUCGAGGGUUCACCAAUGGGUGAGGCGAUCUCCGGUGUUGAAACCACCAAGGUGGAGCAAAGGCCGGCAGAUGAGACGAGUUCCGGUGUAGAAGAGGCGAGUGUGGAGGGUACAGCGUUGGGCGAGACGAUUUCCGCUGUUGACUCCGCGGACGCGGAGCAAGGGCCGACAGGAGAGACGAGCUCCGGUGUUGAAGAAUCUCGUCUCGAGGGUUCACCAGUGGGUGAGGCGAUCUCCGGUAUUAAAACCACCAAGGUGGAGCAAAGGCCGGCAGAUGAGACGAGCUCCGGUGUAGAAGAGGCGAGUGUGGAGGGUACAGCGUUGGGCGAGACCAUUUCCGCUGUUGAUUCCACCAACGCGGAGCAAGGGCCGACAGGAGAGACGAGCUCCGGUGUUGAAGAAUCUCGUCUCGAGGGUUCACCAAUGGGUGAGGCGAUCUCCGGUGUUGAAACCACCAAGGUGGAGCAAAGGCCGGCAGAUGAGACGAGUUCCGGUGUAGAAGAGGCGAGUGUGGAGGGUACAGCGUUGGGCGAGACGAUUUCCGCUGUCGAUUCCACCAACGCGGAGCAACGGCCGGCAGAUGAUUCGAGCUCCGGUGUUGAAGAAUCUCGUCUCGAGGGUUCACCAGUGGGUGAGGCGAUCUCCGGUGUUGAAACCACCAAGGUGGAGCAAAGGCCGGCAGAUGAGACGAGCUCCGGUGUAGAAGAGGCGAGUGUGGAGGGUACAGCGUUGGGCGAGACGAUUUCCGCUGUUGAUUCCGCGGACGCGGAGCAAGGGCCGGCAGUAGAGACGAGCUCCGGUGUUGAAGAAUCUCGUCUCGAGGGUUCACCAGUGGGUGAGGCGAUCUCCGGUGUUGAAACCACCAAGGUGGAGCAGCGGCCGGCAGAUGAGACGAGCUCCGGUGUAGAAGAGGCGAGUGUGGAGGGUACAGCGUUGGGCGAGACGAUUUCCGCUGUCGAUUCCACCAACGCGGAGCAAGGGCCGGCACAUGAUUCGAGCUCCGGUGUUGAAGAAUCUCGUCUCGAGGGUUCACCAGUGGGUGAGGCGAUCUCCGGUGUUGAAACCACCAAGGUGGAGCAGCGGCCGGCAGAUGAGACGAGCUCCGGUGUAGAAGAGGCGAGUGUGGAGGGUACAGCGUUGGGCGAGACGAUUUCCGCUGUCGAUUCCGCGGACGCGGAGCAAGGGCCGGCAGAUGAUUCGAGCUCCGGUGUUGAAGAAUCUCGUCUCGAGGGUUCACCAGUGGGUGAGGCGAUCUCCGGUGUUGAAACCACCAAGGUGGAGCAAAGGCCGGCAGAUGAGACGAGCUCCGGUGUAGAAGAGGCGAGUGUGGAGGGUACAGCGUUAGGCGAGACGAUUUCCGCUGUUGAUUCCGCGGACGCGGAACAAGGGCCGGCAGGAGAGACGAGCUCCGGUGUUGAAGAAUCUCGUCUCGAGGGUUCACCAAUGGGUGAGGCGAUCUCCGGUGUUGAAACCACCAAGGUGGAGCAAAGGCCGGCAGAUGAGACGAGCUCCGGUGUAGAAGAGGCGAGUGUGGAGGGUACAGCGUUGGGCGAGACGAUUUCCGCUGUCGAUUCCACCAACGCGGAGCAAAGGCCGACAGGAGAGACGAGCUCCGGUGUUGAAGCAUCGAGUCUCGAGGGUUCACCAGUGGGUGAGGCGAUCUCCGGUGUUGAAACCACCAAGGUGGAGCAGCGGCCGGCAGAUGAGACGAGCUCCGGUGUAGAAGAGGCGAGUGUGGAGGGUACAGCGUUGGGCGAGACGAUUUCCGCUGUCGAUUCCACCAACGCGGAGCAAAGGCCGACAGGAGAGACGAGCUCCGGUGUUGAAGCAUCGAGUCUCGAGGGUUCACCAGUGGGUGAGGCGAUCUCCGGUGUUGAAACCACCAAGGUGGAGCAAAGGCCGGCAGAUGAGACGAGCUCCGGUGUAGAAGAGGCGAGUGUGGAGGGUACAGCGUUGGGCGAGACCAUUUCCGCUGUUGAUUCCACCAACGCGGAGCAACGGCCGGCAGAUGAUUCGAGCUCCGGUGUUGAAGAAUCUCGUCUCGAGGGUUCACCAAUGGGUGAGGCGAUCUCCGGUGUUGAAACCACCAAGGUGGAGCAGCGGCCGGCAGAUGAGACGAGCUCCGGUGUAGAAGAGGCGAGUGUGGAGGGUACAGCGUUGGGCGAGACGAUUUCCGCUGUUGAUUCCGCGGACGCGGAGCAAGGGCCGGCAGGUGAGACGAGCUCCGGUGUUGAAGAAUCUCGUCUCGAGGGUUCACCAAUGGGUGAGGCGAUCUCCGGUGUUGAAACCACCAAGGUGGAGCAAGGGCCGGCAGAUGAGACGAGCUCCGGUGUAGAAGAGGCGAGUGUGGAGGGUACAGCGUUGGGCGAGACGAUUUCCGCUGUUGAUUCCGCGGACGCGGAGCAAGGGCCGGCAGGUGAGACGAGCUCCGGUGUUGAAGAAUCUCGUCUCGAGGGUUCACCAAUGGGUGAGGCGAUCUCCGGUGUUGAAACCACCAAGGUGGAGCAAAGGCCGGCAGAUGAGACGAGCUCCGGUGUAGAAGAGGCGAGUGUGGAGGGCACAGCGUUAGGUGAGACGAUUUCCGUUGUUGAUUCCACCAACGCGGAGCAACGGCCGACAGGAGAGACGAGCUCCGGUGUUGAAGAAUCUCGUCUCGAGGGUUCACCAGUGGGUGAGGCGAUCUCCGGUGUUGAAACCACCAAGGUGGAGCAAAGGCCGGCAGAUGAGACGAGCUCCGGUGUAGAAGAGGCGAGUGUGGAGGGUACAGCGUUGGGCGAGACCAUUUCCGCUGUUGAUUCCACCAACGCGGAGCAACGGCCGGCAGAUGAUUCGAGCUCCGGUGUUGAAGAAUCUCGUCUCGAGGGUUCACCAGUGGGUGAGGCGAUCUCCGGUGUUGAAACCACCAAGGUGGAGCAGCGGCCGGCAGAUGAGACGAGCUCCGGUGUAGAAGAGGCGAGUGUGGAGGGUACAGCGUUAGGCGAGACGAUUUCCGCUGUCGAUUCCGCGGACGCGGAGCAAGAGCCGGCAGAUGAGUCGAGCUCCGGUGUUGAAGAAUCUCGUCUCGAGGGUUCACCAAUGGGUGAGGCGAUCUCCGGUGUUGAAACCACCAAGGUGGAGCAGCGGGCGGCAGAUGAGACGAGCUCCGGUGUAGAAGAGGCGAGUGUGGAGGGUACAGCGUUGGGCGAGACCAUUUCCGCUGUUGAUUCCACCAACGCGGAGCAAAGAGCCGACAGGUGA